AUGUCAAUCCAACCGGCCUUCAUGAACGACUCUUCCACCUCAACCUUUGUUGCCGCCUUCUGUCUCCAAUUCUUUAACGCCUUCAACCACGAUUGCGCUAGUCUUAUGGACGUCUACGCUACCCAGUAUUCCUUCAGUCUCUGUGCCUCUCCCUAUAUUCCCGCCCGUGCUAAGAUGGCCGGGCUGACGAG